GCUCAAUUUAAACACUAUUUUGAAGAUUGGAAGAGGUGCAGAGGCCUUGUAUUAGCUGCCUAAGGUGAAAGGGAGAAGUGGAAUUUCAUCCAGAGAAUGCAAAGCAUUCUUCAGGGCCCAUACUCUAUCCUCAUGCUCUGCACAACCCAGAAGCCAUUUUGAAUGGUCAUGCAAUCUGACGCAAUGCAUUCUGGGGCACACUAAACCCCAGAAUGUCAUUACCAGAUAGUAUGAGAAUUCCUGUGAGGAUUCUCAAGAGGAAGGCACUGUAACCAGCUCUCACAAUACUUGGUGUUUUUCUUAAAGCCCUGGCUCCUGAAGAUGUCAAGUUGGCAGUGACCUUUUAAAUAAGGCAACUCAAACAGCUGUCUAGGCCUCCUCUGCCUAAAACCAUCCCUGAAUGGAAGAUCUAACUAAAGCUCUCCAAACGGCAAGGAAAUCAUGAGUCAAAACAGACACGCUGUAAGAACAACGGUGGGAAGUACACAGCUUCAGCCUCGUUUCCAAGUGCCCUGGUUUCCACCAGGGCCGACUAAAGUGGAUGACUGGCAAAAUCCUUUGUAAAACCGGAGCUGAUUUGGUCAAUGCCACAGAUCCAGAGCUAGUCAAGUUCAUUGGAGAUAUUUACUACGGACUCUUUCGGGGGGGCAAAAUACGACAGUGUGGUUUAGGUGGGCGGCGUUCCAAAUUCACAAUUUUCCCUCAUCUGGUGAAAAAGCUGAAUGCAGGCCUUCAUGUGAUGAUUUUAAUCUUCCUUUGUGCGGCCAUUUCCUUUGCUCUGGUCAGUUUUGGAUUCUGCAUUCUCAAUGCAAUAAAAGUUCCAUACCGAGCUAUUAAAGGUCCAGCAGGUAUUUGCCUAUGGAAUUUACUUGCAGGAGGCUUUACAGCACUGGCAGUCGCUAGCUUUAUAGCUGCUGUUAAACUUCAUCGCCUAACAGAAAGAAUUGCCAAUUUCCAGGAAAAUGUCUUUCAGUUUGUAAUUUUGGAAGAACAGUAUGAAAGCUCCAUUUGGCUUUGUGUGGCUAGUGCUACAUCUCAUGUAGUAAAUUUGUUGCUAAUAGCCAUAAGUGGGGUUCGUUUCCCUGAAUUCAAGACUAAAACAGAAGAGGCGACUGUUACAGCAGAAGAUAUCAUGUACUGAUAACCUUCACCUACAUAAAACUAGUUCUACAAAGUGAACUCUCAUGAUAAGAACAGCUCCUUGGUUCUCCAAUUUUUUAACUGGAUGGAGAUUGUUGCUGUCAUGGAAAGUAAAACUGCCACUUGCAGAAAUAUACAGUAUUUUUUAGGCCAGUUGUCAGUACCAGCAAUUAAUAUUCACUGCAUGGAAGACAAACUAUAGAAACCUAAUGAUUGAAAAACUAACUAAUAUGAACAACAAUAAAGUUAUUUUCUAUAAUAUUUUUCAUCUUAAAUAUUUUACAUAUUUGAGUUAAAGUAUGUUUUCACCAAAACCAAAAAGUGAACUAUAGGGUAAGGAAGAGAAUACAUAAAUCGCAAUACUUCGGCCUUUAAUUUACUAGAAUGUAUUUUUAUUUCAAAGCAGGAAGAACAGACACAGGAUUUAAGGUUUUAUCCAGAGUUGCAAGCUAUUUCCUCAGAAUUCUCUAGAAAAUCUGUGAGGGCCAAGUACACCUUGUUUAUUGAUAUGCUACAGAACUGGAAAAGUAAACUCCAUUACCUGGAAGACUGAAAUGUAAGGGAAAGCACCAAGAACUUGUGGAAAGAUUUAGAAACUUAGAAACAAAUAUCAAAAGCUAGACUCUAGAGGAGUGGAAAGAAAAAGAAUAUGGAAUAUUAUAAGAAGAAUAUUCUUAGGGAAGAAUAAUAGCAUCUAAGAAAAGUGAAGAGCUGGAAAGUGAAGAGCUCUCUAGCCAAUGAUGGGCAAAAUGUUUGUACACAGACUCUAAAUAAUAUUAGGAUUGUUAUGAUAACUUGAAGAUUCAUAUUCUGACAGACUUAUGGUCCUCGGGCCUCUGCCAAUUCUUGUUUUUAUCUGAAAUUAAGUACAAAAUGUUGU